AUGGCUGGCCAAGCCGACAAGAAGCAGGCCAAAAAGGCGGAGUCCUCCACUCAGUACUACCUGUAUGCCAUCAUUGCGGUGAAUGCUUUGUAUUUUCUCGGCCGUGUGGUGAUGUUCUGGUCUUCGAUGGGCAAGUGGAAUCUGUGCGGCAUGCUGCUUUUCACUGGAGUGUCCUACUUCACGUUCGGCGCCAUCAAGAGCUCCCUGGAAAUCGGAGCAAACUAUGAGAUGUACUUGGACCUCUUCCUUGUCAACUUGGCCACGCAAGCCUUGGUAACCUUGAGCGACUACGGCUGGCUGCUGUAUCUCGCAGUUCCUGGCUAUGCUGGCUGGAAGGUUGUGAAGCUUGUCAUGGACUAUGUCUUCACUCCCACUGAAUCAGAGAUGGCAGAGAACGACCCAGAGUACAAGAAGCGGAUGGAGAAGAAGGAGAAGAAAGCGGAACGUCAAAAGUUCAAGGUUGUCAAGCACUGA